GCCAAUAAUGUGUUCUCCCAUGCGACUCACCACAAUAAAUUUUCGCUACUGUAUAUACAUGUUUCUCUGAUGAACGCCCAAAGGAAUAGCUAGAAGUCGUGACUUCGCGACCGUCUGCCGAGCCGAGCCGGUAGUUAUAGCAUAGAUAUUAUAGCGGGGACCAUCUACUGUUAUCCCACCAUCUCCAUCGAGAGUGAGCAUGUACAACAACACGAAGAUACUUUUGGUACUGUUGACACUACUACCAGGGAGUGAACCAGGCCCAGGAUCAUUACCUGGUGUGGCUAACAUCACUCUGGUCAAUGUAGACAAAGACCCAACACAUCCACUGUUAGGAAACCUCACUUCUGACCUUACUGUAGUUGUUAGCAAUAAUACUAUUGAGAAAUAUGUGAACUGCAACAAUGGCCUAAAAAGCCAAGGUAUUCUCAUCAAGAAGCAAUCUGUACCAUCACCCAUUAUAAUCAAGGAUAACAUCACAGGUGGUAUUGGUGAGUACUCAUUCAGACUGCAGUUACAGGCUCAAAACAGAUUGUACUCAUUAAGCCUCUACAACAAUGACACUCUUGUCAUGAACUUUACAGCAGAAGCUGGCUGCAGAGCUCCACCAUCACCAGUCAAUGGUAGUAUUGAGGAGUACAGGAGUACAGAGGAGGGAGCAGAGAUCCAGUUCCACUGUCAUGAUGGAUACACUCCUAAUGAGUGGAUGUCAUCUCAAUGUCUCAACUCAUCAUGGUCCCCUCACCCAAUGGACCUAGUCUGUGUCUUACCAGACCCUGACACUCCAGACCCUGAUGAUGUCACAUCAGAUCCUAACAGUAAUCAUGGAUCCACAAGUGUCAAGAAAGGAGGAGAGCUGGUUAUAGUUGGUGUUUCUUCGGCAAUUUCACUACUAUUUUUGUUCAUUGUUGGAGUGGCUGUUGUGUUUUGCUGUUGCAGGAGAAAGAUUGGUGAGAACACGAUGUGACUAAUAACUGUAUACACAUAAAUAUACCGAGAUGCUAGCUACAUCUCCUCCACCAAGUGGCACAACAGGUGGUAGGACGACAACGUCAUUCACUUAUCACUAUGAAGACCCUGUGAGCCCAUCAGACUCUCUUGGACGAUACACAAUCGCCCAAUCCACCACCAGGGCCACAAAUGAUUGUCCUCCAGCCCCAGGACUACAAGCCUCUCCCCCUCAGUCCACACAUCUGAACGAGGAACCCGUCUCUCCCUCCAGACCAGAGUCUCCCGAGGGAACCCCUCCACCAGUACCUCCAUACAGAGGAUCAUCUCCCGAACUUCACUCCUCUCUUUCUACACUCCCUCUCGUGAAAGUCAACUCCCCAGAGUCUAUUGCCUGCGGUCCUACCGGUGCUUCCUACUGUGGUUCCCAACCUGUCCCUCCAGAAGAUCCUGCUCCCCCUAAGCUACCCCCCAGACCUCCUGCCAAACCUCCUGCCAAGGUGACAGGCAAACAUGUACGUACUGCAGCAAUAUGGUCAUGUUAUUGACUGCCAGAGAUAGUGGUGCAUCGAAGAGGGAACUUUCAAUGUUUGGUACACGGGACUUCCUUAUUCAAGGCGGAAGAUUAACACUUGGCAUAAUCUCUAUACACAAUCAGUUGCAUUGUAGUGUGCUGGUAAAUCACCUGGGAAAUUAACAUUGCUGGAUUGACAAUGAACAUUUCUGGACAGACAACUAGCCGACCUGGAGCUUUCCCCCUCGUGGUUCAGAACAUCACUUUCUUUUGGAUGUUUGGUUAAACUGGUCCCUGAGCUACACAACAAAAGUGGUUUUUUAAAACUGCUAUUGUUCCCACUCUCCCCACUUUCUAUCUUACACCAUCCCCAAA